GGUCACAGUUCUCUCUAGAUUAUGUUCAAGUUUGCUCAGUCGUGAAUUGGUUUUUAUGUCAAAUAGUUCGUGCAAAAAUCUUUCAGUAAAUUAUUUUAGUUAGUGAAUUAGUUUUGGUGAACAUGUUUUGAAUAAUUAAAUAUUGUAUUAACGUCCUUAAAUUCAGGUUAUGUACGUGGUGCGAAUAAGUUAUAUAAGGACUUAUGAUAUUGUAGAAGAUUAUGGCAAGUUUUAAUUGUUCGAGAAUUAUAGCAAGUAAAAUAAUGAGAAACCUUUUAACGGCUAUUUUGAUUUUGUUAUAUACACAAAGAAGUAGUGCUAAUCAAAAUCCAUUUCGUGAUCCAAGUAUUUGUGGAAAACCACAGUGUGAAACGCCAUUCAGAAAAUUUAAUUUCCAUGACAAUUUAUAUAAAUACGAAUAUAACGUAGACUUAAAUACAGAAUUUUCCGGUACAGGCAAUAAUGCAUCCAGCCUUUUCCUAAAAGCAACCGUUAUCAUAUAUUUUCCAAAGCCUUGUGAUGGAAUUUUACAAAUCACGGAUGUUAAACUUUGGGAUCACGAGUAUAUAUCAAAGGAUGACGAAUUUAGUAAUAAUGCAAAUAGCAGAAACGAAAACUUCGAUGAAGAUGAUUAUUAUGGGGAAUUUACAGAUUCAAGAGGUUAUACUGAACACAAUGAUAAUUUUAUUAAUAUGCAUCCAAAAAGUAUUGAGCUGGCAAAAGAUUUAAAACAACAUUUGUUACGUUUUUCUUUUAACGAUGGGCUUAUUUCGGAAAUAUGCCCAAACUUCCAAGAAUCCGUUUGGGCUUUAAACUUGAAAAAAGGCAUACUCUCCAUUUUUCAAAAUACAAUGCUGCGGUUUGAUGUCGAUUUCAAUACAACAGAAGUCGACACAUCCGGAGAGUGCAAUGUGCAGUAUACAUUAAAAGAUGUGAAUAAUGUUUUUAUAAAGAUUCGAAAGACAAAAAAUAUGCAAACAUGUCAGAAGCGCUACUCAACUAAUUCUAUACUGCAGUCUACUCCAUACAGCUUUCGUGAUGACAAAGCCUUAUGGCCAAUAAUUGACUCUAUAAGUUACUGUGAUAUGGUAAUCAACAAUAAUGUGUAUGAUGAAAUCAUUUGUCAUGAACAGCAUCAGCUAAUUGUUUUUUCAAACAAUAACACCGGUGCUAUCACCAGAGUUAAAUCUCGGCUUAUACUGCAAGGAGAAGAAAACUACAACCAAGCAGAUUUCUUAAAUGAGCAUGACAACAUUGUGGAACGACGUUUAACACUGCUGUUUGACCACACUCCUUCUACAAAGCCAACCCGUACUGAAAUUAAAUUAGCACGAGAUCUGUUAAAGAAAAUGUGUGUUAGUGGAUUUCCACAUAUUAAACGAGAAUUUUUAAGUGUCUUCACGAAUUUCUUGCAUACAAUUAAGCAACUUGACUAUGAAGCUUUAACACAGCUUCUUGGACGUUCAACAAGUAUUUGUGAGAAAGGAAAGAAUCAUGUUAUCGACGCAUUACCUUAUAUUGGGAGUCCUGCAUCAUAUCAGCUCAUGCGGGACCAACUUCUUACAAAUAGUGUACCCAAAAAAGUGGCACUAAAUUGGCUUAAGACUCUAUCAUUUAUAAGGCGUCCCGAUGAAGAUACUGUUGAAACAUUUUACACUAUUCUUGAAUUCUCGCGAGUCAAGGAUGAACCCGAAUACACAUUAUGUACAGCCGCUGUUAUACGCAGCUUUUGUCUAUAUCAUUCUAAUUGCAAACAAAAUAUGCGAGUUAAACUGAUCACAAAUUCCCUUGAAACAGAAUUUGUCAAAAUUUUUAAUUCAUUCCAUGGUGAAAAGCGUUUACAUGAACGUUUGAUUGUUAUAAUGAAAGGUCUUGGAAAUAUCGGCUUAUUAUCGGAACAAUUUAUUGCCCAACUGCAUAAAGUAAUAUUGGAUGAGAAUGUGUUGUUGAAUCUUCGUUUAGAAUCAGUCUAUAUAUUUAGACGGACGGAUUGUGCUUUACAUCGUCCCUUAUUUUUAAAUAUCUUCACAAACUUUAACAUUCAUUCAGAAGUACGAAUUGCAGCAUAUUUACAAUUUAUGAUUUGUCCUGACUACUUCUCAAUCAAGAAAAUAAAAAAUACUUUAAAAUUUGAAGAAAUUAAUCAAGUUGGAUCAUUUGUAUGGUCGCAUCUGAAGAAUCUAGCAAAGUCAUCAUCACCCUUAUAUAUUGCAGUCCAGACUUUGCUGCUUGAUGACGAUAUCUCGAAUAAAUAUGAAUUAGAUAUUCGAAAAUUUUCCCGUAACUAUCAACAAACUUUGUUCUUCGACGAGUUUAAUUUCGGUAGCACUGUGGAUAUGAAUGUAAUUUUUGGUACAGAGUCAUACCUACCACGCAUGUUGACGUUUAAUUUUACAUCUAACCUUUUCGGCCAUUCGGUAAACUUUUUGGAGCUUACAACAAGGGCCGAAGGUUUUGACGAACUAAUAAGUUCGAUGAUUAUUCCGGAAAAAUGGUUCAAUGAGGGAAGUAUAUUAAAAAAAAACGGUUUAAAACAUGUGUUGGAUAUAUUCGGAAAAUGGUCUGAAAGUUUAAAGAAAAAUAGUUCUGGUACAAGAUCAAAUAAUUCAAUCGAUAAUAAUCUUUCGUUAUUUAAUCAAAGCUCUAAAAAGGAAACAUUGCUUAAGAAAUCGUCUCUUGGAGAUGACUUCUGUAAAACUAAGUGUCUCCUGAAACGAUCAAUCCUAAUUAAAGAUGUAAAUAAUUAUAGAAAAGAUUUACAAAAACUUAUAAAAAAUAUAGGAUAUACACUUAAAUAUGACUACAACAAUCCUAAAGCUUAUUUUGGAGUGCGCAUUUUUGGAAAUGACUUACAUUAUUACGCUUUAAAUGAUAUACAUGAUUUCGCGAAGCUAGUCAAUGAAUUUAAUAUUUUGGAAAAGAUUUCGGAAAUAUUUUCUGGCCAUGAAAUUACUUAUACAAAAUCAAACAUAUUUCUUGAAGCUUCUUAUAUUGCGCCUCUAAUGAUUGGUUUACCGUUAUCAAUCGAUUUAUUUGGCGCUUCUUCUAUUGAUCUACGUACAUCAGGAUAUAUAAAUAACAUGAAUCCAAAUGCUUCAGAAUGGAACUUCGGUAUAAAAGGCAAAUUGAAGCCAUCAAUAUUAGUUAAUUUUGUAGGAACAAUGAAAUCAGAUAUGUUUUAUGCGCAAGCGGGUAUUAAAGUGAAAAGUACUUUCUAUUCAAACACGGAGGUUGAAGCAGACCUUAUUGUAAAUGGUAAGAAUUUAGUUUCAUUCUCGUUUAACUUACCACAAAAUACUAGUGAAGUGUUAAGUGUGCAAUCGGAGUUAAUCAAAAUCACAAAGAGUGAAGACGAACCGCAGACUGGUGUUCAUUCACGUAUAUCCAAUACUACUUGCACAUGGUCUUUGUUGGAAACUACAUUUGGUUUGAAAAUGUGUAUUGACUACAGCGUUCCAAAUCUUAAUAACUCUAAACAAACCAUCUAUCCUGGACAUAUUCUAAGCGGACCUCUGAACUUCAGUAUUGUGUUAUCAAAAUCUGACCCUACUACAAAAAAAUGGACUUUCGAAUUUACAUCGAACAAACAGGAAAAUAACUCAAAGUGGGCAUUUAUAUUCCAUACGCCCGGAUCCUAUCAUGAACGUUCGAUAUCGGCUAAUAUUAACAUGUGCCCAGAAAGCUUUAAUUCAUCACUUCUUUUUACACAUGGACUUAAUAAAGCAUCAAUCAUAUGCCAAUAUUUAGGAGGUGCGAUUUACAAACGAUUCGAUUUUUUAUUACAAAUGAAUAACGUCAGUAGUCUUCAUUUGAAUAUGGAACUCAAAGGCUUACAAGAACGAAAUAUUUGGAUUUACAAACCGAAAAUGUUAUUGGCCAUAAAUGGUAACAAUAUAACAGGAGCUGUGGGAACAAUUCGUGUAUAUGAAAAAAAUGGCAUAACACAAAACGACAUAGACUUUUCUUUUGAGACUCGUAAAUUGCAAAUGCUCCUGCGUGGUGUUAUGAUGCAGAGUGAGAUUACAAAAUCAGCAAAUAUCACCAUAAACUAUAGGUUUCAAACAAGUAAAAUAGAGAGUAUAUAUUUAGAAGGACGUCUACUAAAUUCCGGUGACAAAUCGAAGAUGGAAUAUAAUGGAAAUAUUAAACUUAGAUCUUCAGCACAUCCAAAACUAAAUUUUGCAUCAAAUUCAACUUGGCGAUCAUUGAAGGGCCACACUGAAGGUAUAUUAACUUUCAAUAAUGCCCAAGGCUUUAAAGAUCCAAACUCCACGAGUAUUUGGCAUAUAAUACUGUCGCGCUCCUACUCCGAGGAAAAUAUUUGGGAAGGUUCUCGUUCGUAUGCUAGCUUCAAGGUCAAGAUUCCUCGCUCUAAAGUCAACUUUAAACUAUUUGUCAAACACGAAGAGCGAUAUAAAAAUGGCAGUGAACACAAUAUUUUGGCUGAAAUUCAUUUAAGCCCAAAAAAAGAGGCCUUGUUUCUGUUUUCUGUACUCAUUCCCCAACGCGAUCUGCUUACAUUCGAUGCUUUUUUCAAUAUCACUGCUUCGAAGUUCAACUCAAGUUUCGGACGGUUGAAAUUUAUAGAAACUGUUCCUAAAUCCUAUUUGAUUCAUUUUAAUGGUGCUUGGUUCACAGAAGACUACAUUGUAAUUAAAGUUAACUAUAAAAACCAUAACCGGCUACAGGCGCUGAAAAUGUUGAUAGAAACUGAUAGUUUUGAAGCUACAACAAUAAACGCUGCGUACCGAAGAACCCAAACAUUCACAUAUAGUAACUUAAAAUUUAAAUAUGGCAACGAUCUAUAUGACUUUGCUUUGCAACUUAAUUCUCGACCUGACAAUGUUAAACCCGCUAUUUGUGAAAUACAUAUAAACUUAAAGGAAAAAAAGUACUGGCUUAAUUCCAGUUUGCUAAUGUCACAGCCAAAACUGUGGGAAGUGGAAUUACAUAUGGAUAGAUUGCGUGACAUUCGUAUAAAAUCUAGCGUACUGAAUUUAGAUGAACACAGGGAAAUAUCGUUUGAACUAAACUGGGACAUAAAUCGCGAUCCUUCGCAACGAAUAUUACUUUUUUUGGAAUACAAAACGCCCUCUAUUAAUGAACGUAAUGGUCAAAUCUUAGUAACAUAUCCUGGACGCACAAUAACAUGCCUUUGUAAUACCCAAACACGGUGGCCGGAAUAUUAUGGACAUUUUUAUACUUCGUGGGAUAUCAAUGAAGCAAUUAAUGUAAAAUACAGUCUCGGCCUUCGGUCUGGACAAAAUAAAAGUAAUUGGCUUCAUGCUGAGGUUCGCACACCUUUCAAUGGUUGGAAUGUAAACACAUUCGAUGCAAGUUUAUACAAUUUUUACAGUCUAUUAUUAGCCAAUACAUCGAUAAUGUGGGGUGGAAAUGAGCACAUUGAACUUGUUUACAAAUAUGAUGUAAAAAUUCAAGAAGCUCUGAAAAAUAUUGAUAUUGGUUUUGACUUAAAUAGCUCGCUUAUAGAACUCCCAUCGAUAAGUUUAAAAAUACUUCAUUUGUAUGAUGGAAGCAAAAUAGAAACAGAUUUAAGUUUGCAUUACAGUAGCGCAAAUGAUACUAAAACAUAUUGUUGGAAUUCAAAAUGGGAGUUAAGAAAAGGCCUUCACUACCAGAACAUCAGUGGUACAAUUUUUGUAAUAAGUCCGCAUAAAGAGUUUUGGAAAGGCGGUUUAGUUACAAAAUGGAGCCUUCAUAACAAAAGAAAUUUAAUCGGCGCAGCUUCAAUAACAUAUAAUUUACGAGAAAUUUCUUUAACUAUGAAUGGUUAUGUUAAUAAAUUUAAUGAUAAUAUGAUUACUAUUAAUAUAACAACUCCAUUAAACGAAUAUCGCAAUAUAAAAGGUCGAUUUGGUGUAAUAGAAAAAAAACGCAACGUUGUUGCAGAAAUUCGAACGCCAUCCUCAGCUCUCGGAAUUGAGGUAUUACUUGAUAUUAAAUCUCUUGCUAAUUUUGAUGUUAAGUUUAGUGUAGCAACACCCAUUGAAAAUGUAAAACAUGCUGCCUUGUACGCAAAACUUAAAAGAGAUGCUGUAGAUAUGCGAGGCAUAUGGAAUAAUAUUACGAUUGGUUUUACCGGAGUUUCCUACAUGAACGAUUUAACAGAUUUUGAAUAUUCUUGUAAGGUAUAUACUCCUCUUAAAGACUUUGAAGAAAACGGUUUUGUCGUUAAGUUUUUAAAAGCUGAUUCAUUUGCACUAUAUUUACAUUCAAGACUUUCACGAUAUGAGUGCGGUAUACAAAUAAAUGGAAAACCUAAAUCGGUUAUUUUAAAAGAAUUAGAUACCAAAAUUGUUGAUCUCGAAACAAGAUUUGAUGAAAAUUUCAAACCUCCGAAAAUUGACCAGAAAGACUACAGUAAUAUUGAAAAUUUCGAAUACGAAGAGUUUUUUUCUUAUAACAUAGACUUUCUCAUCGAUUUACUCUUCUGGCCUACCGUUGAAGGCAUUCUGGAUAUUGAAGAAAUAUUAGACUAUUAUUUUAUCGAUGGGAACAUUAAACUUCCACAAGGCUUUGUAGAUAUACAAAAUAAUCUAUAUUUUCCAGAUUAUUUACACAUAAUUAAUGUACUGAAUUUGGUAACACCUUUUGAAAGUAUAAAAAAAAUGAAAUUGAUAACGGAACAUCAGAUUGACAUAGACUUUCGGCAAUUCCAUGAAAAACUGUACUGCAGUAUCAACAACGCUGAAAAUUUUACGAACGAAGCCGGUAUUGAAGUUAAUUACAAUCAAAUCACGGACUUAGUAAAAGCGCCUGAAUAUUAUUUAAAUAUAAUUUUCGAACUACCAUUGAAAAAAAAUCUAAAUGUUACUGGAAAAUUGCAUUUAGAGGAAAAUGUAUUCAAUGGUAAUUUGAUAACGACCACAGGCAAAACAUGUUUUUUGCUUACAGCAGCUAUCGAGUCUGAUCAAAAUUUUUUGGAAGCUUCCCUUGAUUAUUCAUUAGAGGAAAACAUGGCUCUGCAGUACAAGGGAACUACCUACUUUAAACAGGAUCUUUCUAAAGAAGAUAAAACUUUUGAUAUAAAAAUAGAAAUAAUUAAUCAAACCGAUAUGAUCAAGUUUCAAAUCGAGUCUAUGUGGCAAUGUGAAAAUGACAAUGAGAAAAUAACUUCUAAUGGCAAAUUUAUAGCUACGUUAUUACCUUUAAAAUUAUUUGAAUACACAUUUGUACUAAGAAAUGGAGAAAACCAGGAAAUCAAUUUUGAUAUAGUAUUUUCAAAUCAAAAUCGAAAUAAUGUUACUUUUGGCAUGCGAGCAAUUAAAAAAAACGAAAUUAUCAAUGCGGAGCUAUGGACACCAAUGCAAAAUUUCAAAAAUAUAUCUCUCCAUGGUACUGUGACUGCCAGUUCUCCCAACCUUUACCAAAUCGAAGGAGUGUUUUAUCGUGAUAUGGUAACUUAUGAGAUAAAUGGUUUGGUUCAUAUGAAUGGACGAUUGCCAAUAAAAACACGGUUGCAAACACUUUCACUGCAUAACAAUCAAGAAGGACUCGUUGAGUUAAAUAUAUUAAACGAAAAAGAAAAAACAAAUGAACUGGGUUUUCAGUUCAAUGCUAUUGAAAAUGGGAAAAGAUGUAAAAUAUCUGGCAAUUAUUCAUAUCAUAAUGAAACUGGUCUUAACUUGUCUGUAUAUAUUGAAUCAACGGAAACUUCAAUUGAACGAAUUUACAUUAAGACUAACAUCCAAUAUCCAGAAAACGAUUGCGUUGCAGCCAAGCUUUUUUUAGAAACGCCGUGGCAUGAUAUGGGUCUUGGUAAAGUGAAUCUUUGGGCUGAUAUAAAAACACGAUUAGAUUAUGGGAAAUUAAAUGGAGGUUAUCAAUUCGAUUCUCAUAGGGGCUUUGGAAACUAUGAGUGGACUUGGAAACCUACGGAGGACAUGCGCCUCUUAAUACAAAGCAGUAUUGAACAACCAAGUGCUAAUACAAGUCAUUUACAUUCGGAGAUAAAAUACAUAAACCCUAAUAAAACAUUCAAUGAUUUAAGGGUGGGUGCAAAAAUAAAUUUUAAUGCAAUAUGGUUUUUCGAAAUAAAUGGAAGUCUAAAUUAUGAAUCCAUUAAUAAUAUUGGAUUUGGAUUAUUAACACAUUGGCCUUCGGCAGACGAAAAUAUGCAUGAUUUUAGUGGGCAAUACGAAGGAAAUAUAUUUAACCAAGACGGAAAAGCAUUGGACGUAUCCAUUGAAGGAAAAUAUUUUGCUAAACACACCGACAGGAGCUGUAUAACCCGUUUAUCGUAUAGAAAUCUAACAGAUCUACAUAGCCUAGUCAGUGUUGAGUGCACAAUUGCUGGUAAUACCAACAUAGUCCGGGCAGAUUUCCAAAUGUUAAGAAAAGAGAAAACACUUCGUGAAUUUUUAGCUACAUUAAUCACCCCAAGAUUUGAAAAUGAAGCAACAGUAUAUGUAAUGGGCUCGUAUAAUCGUAUUAAAGACAGCUAUCACUAUUUUAAUUUAUCUGUUAACUAUCCAUACACCAGAACAGUCGCCGAUAUGGAUAUAACCAUUAAGUCGAUUGAAAACUUAAAUGGUAAAUUGAACUUUACCACGCCUUUCCAAAAAGCACCAUGGCUCAACACUUUAUUCAAUAUCAGCACAAAUGAAGGAUACUGCCAAAGGUUUUGUAGAGUUGAUUGGCCAACAGAUUUUACUUCCAUAAAAUUACGUCAUUUACGUUCACAGCAUGACUUAAGUAAUGUUUUUGAGGGAGACGUUUCGUUGGUAGUACCCUUAAAUACACGACAUCUUGCUGACAUCAAAUAUAAGCUAAUUCAAAAACAGAAAAGUGAAAACGGAAUUCUUAAAGUUUUUUACAAUGAAAAAAUAUUUAUCAAUGGAACAUACAAACGUUCAGAGCAAAACCUGACAGUCUUUAAAGAAAUAACUGAAAUUUUUUUAGAGAAUAAUAUUAAACCUAUGGGUAUUUAUUUCGAAAAUAGUACUGGCUGGUGCAAGGAAAAUUGUUAUUUAAAUAUAAAACAUCUAGAGGUUUUUGAUUUUGGCAACCCAAAAAAAUACAACAUUACAUGGGAAUUGCAUGAAGUUAUAUCGGGAAAUGAGAAAGAAACUAAAGUUUUGGUUAUUCAUCCAAAUCGUACUAUAAUUUUAACGACGACCUCUGAAAUAUCUUCGAAAUAUAAAAUUAAUCGUCGAAGUAAACUGGAACUAUCGAAAACCGCUUGGAUCGGAUAUAACCUUGUAAUCUCAAAUAAGAAUGAUAACAGGUGGCGGGAGGUUUUGGCAGAAUUAUCAUAUCCCAAACGUAACCUAGUAGUAAAUGGCAGUUAUUUAACAACAAUAAAUUCGUUGAACUCAAAUGCCUCAUUUGCGUGGUUUGGAGCUGACAAUACUCGUAGUGGCAAUAAAGUAGUGCACACACAAUUUAUGUGGAAAAAUGAACCAUUACGACCAGAUGACCGAGAUAACCAAACAAUAACUUUCAAUAUAGGACAUUAUCUUUUGGAAAAAGAUUUAACAAUGACGGUCCAUUUUUAUCGAGGAAUUAAAGAGCUACUAAAGCUCAAAUUGCUUGUAAUCUACUCUACCGAUUUAGAACAUUUGAUCGAAAUGAGUACAUCUCUAGCAAAUUUAAAUUUUGGCGCUGGGUGUACAAAAUACAUCAUACAAUUUAGGGCUUAUCAUAACGCUUCCGAAUUAGAUGUUAAAUUUAAUGCGUCCACUACCCAACGACCGUAUUUCUUCGAAAUAAAAUCAAACUCUUUAUAUAAGAGAGAAUACUUUCCGGAAAAAAUAGGACAAUUAUUGGUACUAUUUGAUUUAAAAAAUAAGGAGAUUGAAUAUUGGAGAAAAUCGCCAUAUACGACGGUACGUGUAUGGUUCCAACCGUAUUUGAAUUAUCCGACAUAUGGAUUAAAUGCUACAUUGUUGAAUACGCCAGAUGACAAUACAUCUGGAUUUAUUUAUGUAAAUAUUUUGGAUAAGUAUACAAAGAUGUAUUUUAAUUUAACUGAAGAUGGAAGUCAAAAUCUCCAUAUGUUUGGCAAUAUUCCAAACUCACGUCACGUUUACAUUAGCAUAUGGCGUAAUUACGAAGAUAUAAGUAUUGUUGAUGUAACAUCCUAUAUAAAAUUAAACCAUUCCCGUCAAGUAAGUGGGUGUUUGCAUUGGCGUCCUCAAAUUAAAAAGGAACUGAAAAACAAAAUCUAUAUCAUUAAAGAAGCUGUAAUAAAUUCAGUUACUGAAAGCAUUGACUUUUGGACAAAGGGACUUUAUAUAGAAUCACUAUCUGCAGCAUCAGUUGUUUGGGAAACAACAAAAGAGUACAAUAAAGAUUUCAUUGAAGAGUUCAGCACACUAAGUGUUUUAGGAGAAGACCUGGAAGAUUUGCGAAUUUAUUUAAACAAGUCCUAUGAAGCAAAUGAUUUUUAUAUAAGAUCCCUUGUCAACUUUUCACUUAUUGUACUUGACGAAAUAUCCUUUCGGGAACAUAUGGACUCUUUUCCGGCUAUAUUUAGCGAAAUCCGGCAAAUUUUAGGUGAAUCUGGUAAAGCUUUGCGAAAAAGCAUCACUCAGUUAAUAGACAAGCUUAAAAAUAUAUACGAUAAUUAUAUACAAGCCAUUAACACAUUCUUCCAUGGGCAACCACUGAAAUAUUUAACCGAUUUCAUGGAGAAAGGGUUUGAAAGGUAUGAAAAAUUUGUCAAGGAAGUUCAUAUAUCUUUUAUAAACCAUGUAGAAGCUAUAUGGAGCAAAUUGUCUAACAUAAUUUCUACGUAUGUAAGAGGAUUUUUAACGCGACUUGAACCUCAUAUAUUCAAAGCAAUUAGUUACUUGGAAAAAAUUGCUUGGGAUUUUAGUAAAGAGAUAUUUAAUUACAUAAAUGAGAGGACGAAUGAAUUGGCAGAAUCAACAUAUUUUAAUCAAGUUUCCAGUUUUACGCAAGACUUAGAAAAUUUAUAUAAGGAUAUAAAAGCACAUGGCGCUAUUGUAAAUAUAAAAAAAUAUGCUACAAUUGCUUGGAAAUUGUUAAAGGAGAAAUAUCACAAACUUAUACCCUUUGGAUCAGAACUAAAUGAAGUAAUUCUCGAAAUUUGCGAUGAAAUGAAGGAGCUGGAGAAAGUAAAGCAGGUGCAGGUUGUGAUUAAUAAAUUUAGGAAGAUAUCUUCUGAAGUAGAACUGUUUGCUGAAGAAAUAAAACUAAAGGCACAUUUGCAUCACUUAUACAUUCUGCUUCGUAACAAAUUGCGCACCUACUCAUCUAAUGCUUUAGAAUUAGCGAACAUGUAUCGUGAGGCAAAAACUAAACUCGUAUUCGAUCCAGAAAACGGUGUACUUGAUUUCGAACAAAAGUUGCCAAUAUCGUGGCACGCAUUUAAUGAAACACCAAAAUUCAAAGAAAUACCCGAAUAUAAAUUUAUAUCACAAAUGCGAAACAUGUUAACUACGAACAUGUCAAUAUUGGGACACAUCUACGACUUGCGAUCGUACAUGGAAGCAAAAACAUGGCUGCAACCAUAUUACUCACGUGCAUACUUGAUAGACUCAAUGUUCUACAUCACACAUGACAAACGUUUUGUUGAUCUAAAAAAAAAUGUCCAUCAAUUCACCAAUUGCACCUAUAUUUUAUCACAUGAUUUUUGGAACAAUACGUUCACUCUUACUAUUGAUUUGACGACUAUUUCACAGAACAGUUAUGAAAACCCUCUGGCUAAAAUAAAUCUUAUUACUAGAGGUCAUUCAUUUGAAAUUGAUCCAAAAACCGAUACCAUGACAUUUGAUGGCAUUUCAAAUCCUAUGCUGCCUAUUAUAGUCGAAGAUUUAAUCGUAUACAGAGACUCAGAUAUACUGAAAAUAAAAUGUGAAGCUGGAUUUAAAGUUGAGUGCAAUAUGAAGUUCAGUUUGUGUUGGCUGGAACUUAGUGGACGCUAUUUUGGUCAAACUGCUGGGUUACUAGGCACCAUGAACAAUGAACCAUUUGAUGACUUUAUUACUCCCUCCAACAUAAUUGAAAAAUCUGAUUAUUUUUUUUCUGAAGCAUGGAUCAUAAACUGCUGCAAUAAUACCAUGGAACAGACAAAUGGUUCUAUUACUGAAUUCGCCGAAAUAUGCAACCAACUAUUUUCACCUUUAAACCACUGCUCAAUCGUAAUGGAUGUGGAGCCUUUUCUAAAUAUUUGCAUGGAAUUGGGUUAUAUGAAUCGGAAAAAUCCUAAAAAUCCAUAUCUUAAGGGCCCAUGUACUGCAGCAUUAGCUUAUAUUGAAAUAUGCCAAUACGCUAAAAUACCUAUGCGUGUUCCCCAACAAUGUGUAAUGUGCGAAAUUAAUAAUGGUGUCUAUGUUCCUGAAAGCACCUUUAUGGAAUAUAACAUAAACAAUGAGUCUCAUAGCAGCGAUAUAGUCUUUUUAGUUGAAGCAAAUGAGUGCAAUACAUUCAGCUUGGAGAACUCAAUAGUUUCAGCCCUCGAGGAACAAUUAUAUAGCCAGAAAUUUAUUAACAGCAGAUAUGCCGUCAUAGCGUAUGGUUCGCAACUACCACCUUUUGAUUAUCCCCGAACAAUUUCAAAAGACAAUGUUGUUUUUAUCAACAGUACUAAUAUACUACGUCAAUACCUAAAGCAUAGUACAGCUUUCUCAAAAAGUUAUGAUGGAUCUACUUCAAAGAGUGAUAUGAUGCAUGCUAUUUCCAUAGCUUCCAGAUUAAAUUUCCGAACAGGAGAUUCAAAUACGUUUAUAAUAAUAUCUUGUAGCCGAUGUGACAUAAAACAAAUGCGAUUUGAUUAUUCAUCCAUAUUACAAUAUAUGAGCGACGAAGGAGUUAGUUUACAUAUUAUCACCAACUCUAAAUUUAAAGUUGAGAAACCUCGUAAAAUACGUCAUAUUUAUGGUUUUGAUAAACAGUUUGUAUAUUCGAAUCGCAGCCCUGAAGGUAGUAGCGAACUACGUCAUGCGCUCCAUGUUUCAAAUAGCAGCUUCGGGAUACUGUCUUGAGAUAUUUUGAAGAAACUUAGUAUUCCCCGGCAAAUAAAAUAGGAGUUCAAAGAUGGGCGUAAUCGGACUACUGACAAUUGCGUAACUUUCCUAUAUGCACAGGCCGGCCCUGGUUAAAAAGAAAUAAUAGAUAUCGUUCUAAAUUUAUUUACGGUAAUAUUAACAAACAGGCUUGGCAACUUUAUUAAUUGAAGUGCCUCCAACUCUUAGCAUUAAAACAGAUGUGUCUGAUUUUUCCAAAUCAAAGGCACGAGAAUAUUUAAAUAAUUAACAAUUUUUUAUUGUACUAGUAAUUAUAAUAUUUUUUUUAAUGAUUAUGGUCCCUAUUACGGUUUUCCCCCCAACUGCAUUUUGGUUGAAGUUUUGGAAUUCGGUAUUAUAACUAGUUAUCAAUACAAUCAGUCAAAAAACGUUUCAGUUGAAGGGUUGUCAAACUUCACUAAAAUAUCAAAAAUUUCAACUACUACCAAGUAGUUAUAAUUGAAAAUUAUUCGCCUAUUUAGGAAAAAUAUUAAUAGAAAACGAAAAGUUACUAAGCAAAAUGUAAAAGUAAAUAGGAGGGGGUAAAACUUGUUGAGCAUCUGAAAAAAAACAUCCAUAGCUGCAAUUUGGAUAUGGCAAUUAAAACAUUAAGGGACUGUGGAAAAUGCUAAGCGUUUGCCUAGGACGGUAAAUUGUCUCAAGCCGGCCCUGCUUAGAACAAAUAUAAUUCAAAACGUCCAGAUAUCUCGUCAAUCUACCAUAAGUUAAUGAAAACUAUUUCUUUGUUACAAUGUUCAAAAAUUGCUGUAUGUAUAUUUAAAACUUUUCAUAUGAUCAAAAUCAAAUUACAUUCCGAAAAUUUAGUAACUUGUUUCAGCCGAUCGUGUCUUUCAUCGAUUGACGACAAUGCAGAAUCAAUGAGGAAAAUAGAACUUAAUUAUAAAAGCCUACUUAGCCUCCCAGAUUGGCUCAUCUUCCCCGCAUAAUUGUCUUGUCUGAUCGAAAUUACAUACACAAUAAAUGCACAAAUACGUGAUAUUUAUAAUACUCCUCUUAUUUUUCAGAAAAUGUAUAUGGGUUGGGGUUUUAUUAAGUUAACGUUCAAAGUUUAUUUUAACAAAAGUUUGAACUUAACCAGCUCAGUGGUCGUCCGCGUGUCGACUGCCUGUGUCGUUGUGUUUCCUUGUCGCUAUUCGUAUUCGUGUUUUUGAAGUGAGUGUUGCAAGUCACUGACGGUUUGCACGUCAGCUUCUGGUAUGCCUCCUUUUCGCUCCCACACUCGAUCGUCCAGAGUUGAUAAGAACUUUUUCUUAAUCUUUAUUCUAGGAUCCUACUUGUACGCUUUAUAGCUACUAACUAGCUCGUUUACUUCAUAUGGUUGCUAAGUUUUUCUCGUUGAAUUAAAGUUGUUUCGAUUUUAUUCCUGUAUUGUCUCUUUAAACUGCACACAGUCUAUAUCUAGCUCUUUGAUUGCUAUCCAAUGUAAUCAUCCAAGUAUGCCUGAUUUUCUACACGCAUGUUAAGCUGUUAACAGCUUUAAUGAGGACACCUGUGUGCUUCGAUUCCUAUAAAUGUUGAAAUAUUUUUGUGCAUUAUUCAAAGAAGGUUUCGUCAACAUUUGAGUUGCCCUUCGCGCUCUACCUGUUUUCCCUAGGCACAGCCGUCGUUUUAUGGAUAUGCUGUAUUCCCUAUUCAUUGCAAUAGUCUUAAAAAAUUUAAGUUGGCUCCUCUGUCCGUGAUUAUUCUUCUUGGGUUUCCAAAAAUUGCAGAUUGUUUACGUAACCUAUCAAUCACUGCUGACGCACCAGUUUCUUUUCUUGUAUGUAAACAGACAAAUUUGGAGAAUGUCUACAACUGAUAAAAUGUGAGUAUAAUGCUUUGCAGUAGCCGUCAAAGGUCCUAAAUGGUCUAAGAGAUAGGUGCUUAACGGUUAAUCAUCUUCAGGAAUAGGGGUAUAGAAUCCCACUUUUUUACCCAUUUUUACGUAUGCUACAAUGUACUCUACACAACUGGUUACUAUUGGAACAACAUUCUAAGCUACAUAAUAAAAUAUCUAUACCAGCUUUUGUAUCUGGCGGGCAGCAAAGUGAUUCUGUCUAUGCACUGUUUGAACAGGUAUUAUGUCCUCUUCCAUUGAACAGAGAACUACUACUUAGAUGAGAUAUUUGCCAAAUUCAAUAAACGAUAUUGAAAUCUUCAUAAGAACCCUUUUCUAAUAUAUCCUUUACUGCUUUCAUCAAUGCCUACUACCUACUACUUAUCAUCUACACGCCUAAUCUCAGUUCCAGACCUGUGUACAAGUCGAUAGUAAAAUUUUAGUAAAUAUGGCCCACCUUGCGACUUUGGGGGUACAUCUUCUUUUCGCAUCGUAAGCGCAGAUGCAUUAAAAUCUGUGACUAUCGUAAAAUUUACUCCUUUCAAAUAGGUUCGCCCCUUUUUAAAUGCCGUAAUCACUGCUAUCUCCUAUGCUUCUGAAUUUAAUCGAGCAGGUACAAUCUUCUAUAAGAGUGUACAGCCGUUGGCGUAUUUCGAUGAUAUUGAUAUCAUUGGCCUCAACACUCGCGCCGUUAGUUCUGCUUUCUCCUGACUGGUUAAGAAAGCAAAGAAAAUGGGUCUGCCAAUGAGCGAGGGCAAGACGAAAUACCUCCUGUCAUCAAACAAACAGACGUCGCACUCGCG